GUCUAUUACACAUAGAACAAAUAUACAACAAUAAAACAGAUAUAUAAUAAUUAGGUUCCACUCUGAAUGGUCCUACGAGAAAUAAGUGCUUGCAAAAUGUUCCAACGUACGUAUUGAAUAUAUACAAGCCGGCAUUGGCGUAAUGGAUACGCUAUCUCGGCUGCAGUCUGAAUGAAAGUGUUAAAUUGCGAAUUUGUGACAAUAGGCGUCAAGGGGUUAUAGACAGUGUGUAACUAGAAAAGCUCUCAGAGAGCACAGUACAGUUAGAGUGACGCCAUGACGCUAUCUCGCAAUGAUACAGCAAUCUUUAACAAAUCCAUGGAUCUAGACUAUAAGUCUGAUCACUGCCAAAAUCUAAUUACUUGGUCCUUGUAUCAUUUCUGAUCUUCCCUAAAAAUUUCAUCCAAAUCCGUUAGUUCGGUUUUGAGUAAUAUUGCUAACAGACAGAUAGACAAACAGACAAACCAACGCUUACCAUCACAUAAUUCUGCUGUGUUCCUUAGCGGACUAAUUAUUCCAGUGGGAAAUGUUGGGUUCUCCAUGUAUGACAAGGAACACUACAAAAACCCUGUCAGCCACAGGCAUUGUAGUUAGGGCAAUGUGUAGGCAUAUAAAUAGAUUAAAAAAAGAUACAUCGCUGUCACUAUGUCUUACAGAAAGUCACUGACUCCUUUUUCAUUUUAACAGGAGACAUCCAAAUUAACAUGAAUUACAAAUAUCUUACAAAACCUUAAACGCUCUUGAAUUGGUUUAAAAAUAAAGAUUUAUGGUCAACGAUUAAGGCCAUCACAUACAUACAACAGCAAGAUCUGCACUGUCAAUUCUUGGAUUCUGUUUUGCAGUAAAUAAACCACACCAGCUUCUUGAACUGUAUUUCAGAGCCGGUUUACUCAUUUCCGCCAUCACCUCGGGAGAGGAGUUUACGAGGAGAGCCUGAAAGCAGCACACGGAUCAAGCUGGAGGGUAGUAAACUCGCUGCAAACGAACACAAACAGCGAAGACAAGCAGUCAACAAAACAACCACACUGAUGUGGUUUAAUACUAGGGGGCGGGGGCAUAUUUAUUGAUCGUGUAGCUGUUGGUUAACAACUUUUAUUUCGGAAUUAGUCGACGGGUUGUUGGCGCGUCUUUAGUUGAAGCGGAGUUCUGCUUUCAGUCGGAUGGAAGUGAGUGAGACGGGUCAGUUUUAGAAGACAGACGGACAGACAGAGCUCGGUGGAAAGUCUCUCUUUGAGGAUAUUUAGCGUCUCUUGAGUUCAAUGUCCACAGUAAACUGCACAGAGGAGCUGGACUUCAGACUUAUCUUUGAGGACGACGGCAGACAGGCUGCAGGUCCAGAUCUAGAUGUGAAGGCGCCUCCCUCCUCGACACAGACUCUGGCCGGGCAACUUCUCAGCCAGGAGUUGCAGAGUCACCCGUCAUAUUUUCCCACCACAGACAACUACCAGUAUGUUGGCUCUGAAGGGAACCAGUACAACACCAGGGGCAACCCCAGAGCCUUUGACUGCCCCAGCAUUCAAAUCACCUCCAUUGCCCCUAACAACCAUGUGGAGCCCUGCGAUAGUCAAGUAGUUUCCGCAGUAGGUGGGGCAGAGGGGGGUUACCUUGAGGCAUCCUGGCCCAGAGACCAGCUCUACCUGCCUCUGGACCCCUGCUACCGAGACCCAGCACUAUGUCCAAGCCCCUGCAGCAGCCUGUCUUCCAGGAGCUGGAUGUCUGACUUAUCCUCCUGCGAGUCCAUCUCCAAUGUCUAUGAUGACGUGGAGGGGGAGCUGCGCGAUGCAUCCUGCCUUGCUCUGGGAUCCCCUCUUGGGUCACCUCUGGGGUCCCCAGGCUGUGGGGGCGGGGCCUUUGGGGUUGAGCUUUGGCAGCAAAAGUACCAGCAUCCUUCAGCCUUCAGCCCAGCGCUGUCACCCUAUCAGUCACCUCGUCAGUCACCCCGUCAGUCACCCUCACACUCCCCUCGCACCAGUGUCACCGAGGAGAACUGGCUGAACUGCCGGCCCACUUCCAGGCCGUCAUCCAGACCAACCUCCCCAUGCGGGAAGAGACGCCACUCCGGUGCUGACCCUUAUGCCCGUUCACCCUCCCCUCAUCACUCACCCAGCCCCACUCCAGGUACCUCCCCACGCGGCAGUGUGACGGAUGACACCUGGGUGGGAAGCCCCGCUGGUGCCCUCGGACCCCUCCUUAUGUCUGGUUUUCAGGAGUUGGAUGUCCCCUCCAAGACCAGGAGGACAUCAGGGAGCCAGCUGGGCCUCCUGACUGGUCGAGGAGACUCUGGUCUGGAGUCCUUUCAGGAUUCUUCCAGAGAAGAGGGACAGGAAAAAGAUGGCCUGCCUGUGCUGUUUCUUCAGGUGCCCUCCCACUUCAGCUGGAACAAACCCAAACCUGGAGCAUCACCGUUGUUCAGGACCUCAUCACCCCCUCCCUUGGACUGGCCUCUGCCAAAUCAAUACGACCAGUGUGUGACGCUGGAGGUCCAGCCCAGGUCCUACCACAGGGCACAUUACGAGACAGAGGGCAGCCGAGGGUCCAUCAAGGCAGCUACUGGAGGAUAUCCUGUUAUCAAGUUGAAUGGAUACAGCGAGCAGCCGGUCAGCCUGCUAUUGUUCAUAGGCACCGCGGACGACCGAUAUCUUCGACCCCAUUCCUUCUACCAGGUCCACCGAGUAACAGGGAAGACGGUUACCACCAUGUGCCAGGAAAAAAUAAUGGGCUGCACCAAAGUCUUGGAGAUCCCUCUGCUUCCAGAAAACAACAUGGCCGCCAGCAUUGACUGUGCUGGCAUCCUGAAGUUGCGUAACGCUGACAUUGAGCUGAAGAAAGGAGAGACGGAUAUCGGCCGGAAGAAUACAAGGGUGCGAGUUGUGUUCAGGGUUGCUGUUCCUCAUCUGGAUGGCCAGAUGCUGUGGCUGCAGACAGUAUCUAUUCCUGUUGAGUGUUCCCAGCGCUCAGGCCAAGAUCUUCCUCAGUUGGAGAGCUUCAGUCCAACCAGCUGCUCUGUAGAUGGAGGGCAGGAGCUAGUCAUAAUCGGAUCCAACAUCGCUGCUCAGUCCAGAGUUGUUUUCAUGGAGAAAGGGCCUGAUGGAAGAACACUGUGGGAAAUGGACGCUAGAGUUCUGUCAGAAAAAAGCAGUGCAACCAGAGUUGUGGUGGAGAUUCCUCCUUACAAUAAGAAGACAACUUGUCCAGUCCAAGUCCAGUUCUAUGUCUCAAAUGGGAAGAGAAGAAGAAGUGUACCACAGUCCUUCACCUAUCUGCCUGAGGUUAGAGGUCACCUUCCGGUGGCUGCUGGAGUCAAACAGGAGCCUUGGGAGCCAGACCUAAUCUCCCACAAUGCACCUGGCUUCUGUUCUCCCUCCUCUGACACACCCUCCCAUGACCAAGUGCUAAGUUCAGAUGUGGCUUAUUAUGAUUCCUGUGACCUCCUGGUGCGUUAUCCUGCUUCCCACAAUGCCCCCCGUCUCCACCACCCUCCACCCUCCUCUGUCUCCUUUCAGACCUUAAUGUUUCCUCAGACCUCUUCCAUCCCACUCCAAAGUACAUCCAUGCUUUCACAAACCCCUCUAAGCCCUCAUCAGACCUUGAUUGCACUUCAUACUUCCAUCAAGCCUCCUCAGACCUUCACCAUCUCUUCUCAGACCCCAGUCCCUCCUCAGAUCACCACGAUUCCUCCUCAAGGCUCUUCGGUUCCUCUUCAGACCUUCACCAUCUCUCCAAACAUUUCCUCUGGAGGACUACAUACGGGACAGUCUGCAGUUUCACAAAGCUCGACAAGUACCUUCGUAACUGCCACUGACCCACAGAAGGACUCUGUGCUGUCCAGCCCAGGACAGACGCUGAGCAUCAAGCAGGAACCAGAGGAUCAGCGAAAUCUGGGUUCCUUGGGCCUCCAGGAGAUCACACUGGAUGAUGUGAAUGAGAUAAUCGAUAGAGACAUUGGCAGUCUAAGCAGCAGUGCUCAGCCCGACCAGCUUGACCAGUACCACCAGUAUGACUGGGAGCACAAGUCCAGUGAUGCUGCCUUGCCGUUCUGCGGAGGCCCUCAGUAGCUCCACAGCUUUCUCAGGAGACGACUGCAGUCCUUGGCAACAAAAUCACCGGUCACCCGUGCACAAAGUGCUCCUAACUGAUCCUCAAGUGCCUGAAAACUAGUCAGCAGCCUCUCAUAUCAUCAGGGUACCACAUCAGAUUACCAUUUCCUCCUCUGUCUCAGGAAUUUCAGUGUGACUUUACUGGCAAACCAAAGAUUUUUAAACUUUUCAUAACUGUAGAACAUUACAACAGGGCUGUAAUUUGAAUUUUACACAACUGUAUCAAUUGGUAAUUUACUUACAAAGGCUAAAGUUGCACAAAAAUAAGCAAGUCUUGUCACUAUUUAUUGGCCAGUAAAUUUAAAAAAAAAAAAUCUAUUUUUGAUACUCUGGAUCUGGUCCCGUAAAAACUGUAGUCCUUCAGCUCAUCGUGUACAUUUUCAUAGCUUUAUUAUACUCUGUGGUUUACAUUUUCCUCGCUGAAAUACAUUAAUGCUGUUCAACCUGAACUGUUGUGAAGUGAAGCUACAGACACUGAACUGUAAAAAUGUACUGUGAGGUGAAAGUAAAAGAAGAAUAUUUGGUA